AGAGGCCGAAAAUCAGGCAGGAAGGGUGUGUGUAUGUUGAGUGGUUUCCUUUCUAGAAGCUUGACUGAUCAGAAAGAGCAGAGGGUGUGAAGGGUGUGUUCUCAUUGGGUUUUUGUGGUGGCACUUGUGCUGCCAGUACUAGUUGUCUAUGUAACAACUCAACUGGUACGGUGUUACAAAUAGAGAGAGAGAGAGAGAGAGAGAGAGAGAUAGAGAGAGAGAAAAAGACGGAAGAACCAAACGUCCUGCUUGUUAGCAGUUGAGCCUGCACUCACCUUCCUGUGGCUCGGGUCUUGAGAACCUCAGUGUGAUUGCAACUUGUCCAUGUGACUUGGUUUCCGUUGCCUGCCUGCUUCCGUGAAGAGUAAGAAAAAAAAAGAAAAAGAAAAAAAAAGGGGCACUAACGCUUCAGUCAGAGUAGAGUGUUGCAGCUGUAAAGUCACACACACACGCGAGAGCUCUUUCUACAACGGCAAGUCACUCAGCGAUAUGGUCAGGGGAUCAACCGUCAGUGGCUUGGGAAAUCCACAUCUAACCACCAGUCGAGGAUGAUAAAAUGCCAGUCCAAGGUCUUACUCCUAUCCUACUUUGCUUGUUGGCCAUGUGGAGAAUCCUGACCCCAGUCUCAAGUUAUCCACAACACAGCCCAUGCCAGCUGGUACAAAAAACAGCUGUCUGCAACAAUGGCAAACUCUCAUCUAUGCCUGAAUUACCGCCUGAGAACUUGGAGGAGCUCCAACUAAACUACAAUCAAAUCAAAACACUACAGGACAUUCUUCAGUACCCAUCACUCAUCACCAUAAGUUUAGCUUGCAAUGGUCUGGAGAAAGUACAACCGAAUGUUUUCCAAAAUUCUAAAUCGUUAGAAAACCUAAACUUUGCAAAUAACAACAUCCACGUUGGCUAUGAAGAAACCAGCGCUGCAUUAAGAAAGCUCCAUGCUCUUAGAUUUCUAGAUCUCUCUGAGAAUGAGCUUAACGAUGAAAUGGCUUUUUCUCUUCUUCAAAAUUUAUCAUCCCUGGAGUACCUGAAUCUUUCCGGGAACCUCUUGAGGAGAUUGGAUGAGACCUCGUUCAGGGAUCUUCACAACCUCAAGGACCUCGACCUUCAAAGAAACCGGAUGUUUGAAAUCGACAGUGCCUUCGGCAGCAACCCAAAGCUUCAGAGGCUCAACUUGGCCUUCAACUAUCUGCCUUGCCUGACAGACUUCAACAUGACACAAUUGGUCGUUCUCAAUGCCAGCUACAACUCCAUCGAGUGGUUUAUCUCAAGGCAGGACCUCAACGAGACGUUCCAGCUAGAGACGCUCGAUCUGUCAAACAAUAGACUCCUCUUUUUCCCAUUCUUGCCGAGCCACAGCAGAUUACAGAACCUUUAUCUCUCCCACAACAUGCUCAGGUUCUACGAACACUUUGCAGACAAUAGUACACUCCAAAACUCAAGCGUCGAGUUCUACAAUCUAAAGAAGCACAUGAAAAACGUGACUGCUCAGUUGUGGGACGAUAAUCUUCAUGGUGAUAUUUCUUCUCUGGACACAUUGGAUUUGAGAGGAAACCAGGUGGAUUACUUCCCUGAUGGAUUCAUCAAGAAAAUGUCCAGCCUGUCGAGACUCCGAAUGAGCAUGAACUGCCUAGAAACGCUCAAUCUCACAUCGGAGCAGUUCUUCGGCAGCUUGUAUGAGCUGGAUAUUAGCAACAACAGACUGAACCAGAUUUCAGCGGAUGACGGGUCACUCGCCACGCUGGGCAAUCUGACUUACUUUAACCUGAGCCGGAAUAAUCUAGAGGAGCUACCUUUUGGACUAUUUUCUUCAUUGCCAAGAAUCCACUCCAUAGAUCUGAGUUACAACAACAUUGGCAUUUGCCGGCCAGAUGAAAUAAAUACCAAUGUAAGCAUACUCACGCCUUGCUUGCAAUGGAACAAGAUUGAGUCCCUCAGGCAGCUUUACCUUAAAGGUUGCAACCUUGAAACUGUCCCAACUUCUGCAUUCACAGGGUUGUCUCUAACACACCUAGAACUGUCUGACAAUCCUGGAAUCGAUGUCCAAAAUUCAUUGCAAAGCUUAAGCGGGACGUUGCAACAUCUGGGCUUAGGAAACACUCAAAUAAAAGAUAUUGACCUCUCCCAUUUUCGAAGUCUAAAGUCGCUUAACCUUUCAAGGAACUCCCUUUCCCAUAUCACUUCUUCACUUCAUGAGAUUGACCUGAAAGUUCUGGACAUAAGGGACAAUAGACUGUCAACCAUCCCCUCUGGUCAAGCUCAGUCACUGGCCUCAAAACUUCACACUAUUUUCCUCACCGGAAAUACGUUCAACUGCUGCCAAACAGAGUGGUUUAGGACAUUUGAAAGAGCAAAGACGGUUAAUAUGGUUGGAAAAUCAGAUAUUGAGUGUCAAGAUGGCCCAACGAGGACUCACAAACUGCUGGACUCACAGAGUCUUUCUUGCUCGGCCCCCGAAGAAUCCAUCCUGUGGUACAUCCUGCUUCUCGUACCCCUUUGUCUUUUUGUAACUGGAAUCUCUAUUGUUGUUUUCCUUACCUACAAGCCCAAAAUCCUUCAAACUUCAAUCAAAAAGAAGUAUUUGAAGCCCACGUCUUACUGAUACUUUAUAAACUCCAAAUGUGAAUGCAUUUUACAUGUAAUCUUGAAAGGGAACGGAGUAGAUGUUGAAAAGGAAAUAAAAAAAAAAAACCUUUUAAAGACGUC